CACAUAGCAUAGUAAGACCGCCCUUUGCCAAAUUGAAUGUGUAUAGUUAAAAGGGACCGCGAGUGAGGGUAUGAAGUCAAAUGUCUCACAGUGAAACUGCAGUUCGGAGCGUUUUAACGAGAAGAGAAAGAAGAAGCUUGUAACAUCACAAGUCGGCAACGUACCAAGCACGUUCAUGUCGUCCUGCCUGGUGGAGCGAAUAUCGGACUACGUGUCUUGCAAGAGGACCAUCACACCGUUUGAGAGUCAGUUGAUUCCAUUCCAGUGUACUAUGGACCUACAGCAAGCCUCUCAGUUCAUACAGACUGUUUUUAGCAGAGGUCGGAGGGCCUGCCAGCUGUUUUACAAGCUUUUAGAAAGCUGUGACCCCCUAUUGGCCGGAAGUUUCACGGGCUCUCCAGAUCGACAGGACAUGGCUCCGACAUACAUAAUCAACAUUCAUGACUCUACCCUGAACAACUGCACCUUUGGGAGCAACAAUGGACAUUGUAUAAAUGCAAAUCGCCAGCAUCCGCCAUCUUACAGUCCUGAGCAUGUGAGGCAUGAGGUGGAAAGGUGCAGCUGUGGCCAGCAGGGGGCAGCACAGUCCUCUUCUUCGGCACCACCAAGCCUCCAGCUUCACAUCUCUGACGUGGAGUAUGUCGUCAUCGGGGACAACAACACAGUGACUGCGGAGACUGUGGAGGCAGAGGGCCAGGAGGAGGAAGAGGAGGAGGAAGAGCAAGCACUCAUCUGACUGGAGCAAUGAGAGCAAGGGAGAACCACAGAUUGACAGGCCUGGUUGAUGGGAGGAGCAUGUCAGAUAUGUCACUAUCAUGUAUGAGAAAGGAAGCCAUGUCACUGCCCUAUGAUACAGUGCAUCCGGAAAGUAUUCACAGCGCUUCACUUUUUCCACAUUUUGUUAUG